AUGGCGUUGAGCAACGUGAGUCCCGACUUCAAUCUAGCAGAUGGGCGUGGAUAUAUGCUAGGCAGGAGCUAUGCUGCUGCCUCGCGCCUGAAUUUCCAGCAUUAUCUCUGGAAAGAAUCACUCCAUUUCAGCCUCCAUCCUUCCAUAUCCAUUCCGACAGAUGCCCGUAUUGCCGACGUCGCAACAGGAACAGCAAUUUGGCUUAUAGACGUUGCCCGUGAGUAUUCGACAGCGAAGCUAGAUGGCUUCGAUAUCAAUACAUCCCAAGCGCCACCUCAACAAUGGCUGUCUCCAAAUUUCACAUUGAAGACAUGGAACGUUUUCGACCCUGUACCAGAGUCCAUGAUAGGCGUCUAUGACGUUGUUCACGUCCGAUUACUUGUACUUGUCGUGCAGAAUAGUGACCCAAGACACAUUCUUCGUAAUCUUCUUCGAAUGCUCAAACCCGGCGGGUACAUCCAAUGGGAUGAACUCAACUACCCUGGUACACAUGUCAGAACUAGCAACAGUUCCUUACACACUCCAGCCUUGCAUGAGCUGCGAGAGAUGGUGUAUUCGCGGGGCAGAAAUGAUUGGACGUUACAAUUGCCCGAUUUUUUCGCGGGGCAAGGCCUGCUGGAUACCAUGAUCUAUCAUUUCCAGGACCCACCAGAAUUAGCAAGGGCGAAUGGCGAGCAGCACUUAUUGACGAUGGAGGAGUUCGCAUCAAGUCUUGCAAAAACAGACCACAGAGAGGAGGCGACAAAGAUUUUUAGCCUUAUUCAAGACGUGGGCCAAGAGGUCUUGAGUGGAGCUGCCUUGUCCAUGCCAAGGGUGGUCUGUGUAGGGAAAAAAGCAAGCGGGGAAACCAGGCCGUGUCAAUGGUACAAAGCCAACAUCGGUACUCGCUUGAAGCCAAAGAUAAGAAAAGUGUAUGAGACUUGGGCUGGAAUUACGGACAGUGAGCUUAUUCCCCAUCUGCAUCGAAUACGAGACAGAGCAUGGCUGCACGGUGGCUACCCAUGCAUCGGAGAAUGGGUCUUCCUACUGCCGAGUAUCUCAAGUUUUCCCGAGUAUCCCGAAGUCCUAGCACGAGCACUGGCUGGAGACACCGUCCUGGAUUUGGGCUGUGGUCUGGGGCAGGACUUGCGGCUCUUGGCCGCGGAUGGAACAUCCCCACGGAACAUGUAUGCAAGCGACAUCAGCAGGGAGCUGUGGGAUCUGGGUUUUGAACUGUUCAACGACCGAAACAAGAUGGUGGCAAAUUUCCUACAGACGAAUAUCUGUGAUACCGGCUCUGGUCUAGAGCAGUGGAAGGGAAUGUUCGAUAUUAUCAUCGCAAAUCAAUUCUUCCACCUGUUCGACUGGGAAGGGCAGGCAUCGAUAAUGAAGAGGGUGGUUGAGCUUUCAAAGUCCGGAACUAUUCUCAUCGGGUAUCAACGUGCGCAGGUGCCUCCGAGGGAGCUCGAGAGACCGUGGGGGAACAUGUUUUUCCAUGAUGACGAAACGUUUCGAAAGCUUUGGCAAAGAGUGGAGUUGGAAACGAAAAGCAAAUGGGAUCUGGAAGUCAAACUUGUCGAUUUAAGAGAGUGGGGUAUGGAGGAGGAGGAUAUUGACUGGAUGCCAGAGGGUAGGAAAGGUAUCAACUUUGUGGUAAGAAGACGAAGUUGA